AUGUUAAUCGCAGACGUUCUUUGCAGGGCUUCGACGAGGAAAGCCUCGACUUCUGUUCCUGAGGGCGUUCCGGAGCAAGUGAUCGAGCUUGACUCUCCUCCUUCCUCGGACCAUGACGAGUCUUCCCAUCACGAUGAGAGUGCUUCUCAUCACGAUGAUGGUUUGAGGACUCCGGCGCGUGGUGGUUCGCCUUCUAAGGGGUUCUCGCUUGCGCGCAGAACGAAGCUUCGGAAGUUUGGCCGCGCGCGGAGGAGUUCCCGACGUCCAAAAGUUACGAUCUUGAUAUGGAAAGAUAGAUACUUGAGUCAUGCAUCACGUCGAAGUGGAAUGAAGCCAUUUGGAUCAACUAUGAGGCCUAGACUUAUUUUCUACCGAGACAUGUCCGGUAAGCGAGUAAACGAAGCCCAUGGAGGAUUUGGAGUGUCUAAUGGCCCGAGCAGCAGCGCCAAAGGCCUUGAUCGAAUAGAGAAGAGGCCUGGCUAA